AGCAGGAAGUAUUUCGACAUCGGCGCAAGCGUCCCGAGAACAUCGUGCAGCUGUCUACAGUACAGCGUUUCACUUGGGUGGUUACUUCCUCGUUACAUCGACACCUAUACAGACGUGUUACAAUCUUCUCAUCUACAUAAAGAAUCACAAUGUCAGGUUUGAUCAAAGCAAAGAAGUAUGACUGGAAGGACUCCAACUUGGCUCUGUUUGGAUCUGACCUUGAGAAGAACGUCAAGAAGGAAUCUGCUGAGACUGAGGCUGCCUGGCAAGGGUGUGGCAAGUCGGUAGGCCUGAAGAUAUGGAGGAUUGUGAAAUUUCAAGUAAAGAGCUGGCCUCAGGCUGACUAUGGCAAGUUUUAUGAUGGAGAUUCAUACAUCAUCUUGAACACGUACAAGGAGGACGACUCUGAGGAGCUGCAGUAUGAUGUCCACUUCUGGAUUGGACAACACAGCACUCAGGAUGAGUACGGUACCGCUGCCUACAAGACUGUGGAGUUGGACACGUUCCUGAGCGAUGCCCCAAUCCAGCACAGGGAGGUUCAGGGCCAUGAGUCAAGUCUCUUCAAGAGCUACUUCAAGACCAUCACUGUGAUGCGUGGUGGCGCUGAGACAGGAUUCCGCCAUGUGAAACCGGAGGAAUACACGCCACGUCUCCUCCAUUUCUCAGGCACCAGGCGUAAUGUGGAGGUCAGGGAGGUUCCCCUGUGCAAGUCAAGGGUAAAUUCAGAUGAUGUGUUCAUCCUUGAUCUUGGAGCUAAGAUCUUCCAAUUCAAUGGCAGUAAGAGCAGCAAGGAUGAAAGAUUUAAGGCAAUGCAGUUCUGUCAGGAGCUGGAAUCAGAGAGGAAUGGCCGUGCUAAGGCUGAAGUCAUCGAGGAUGAGUCCACAGACCAGUCGCACGAGUUCUACAAGUCCCUGACUGGUGAGGAUGAUUCUGACGGACCAUACACUGCAGCAGAUCCUUCCAAGGAGCUUUAUAGAUUGUCUGAUGCUAGUGGCACUAUUCAGUUCAAACUGGAGAAGAAAGGAGACAUCAGCAAGUCUGAUCUGGACAGCAAGGAUGUGUUUAUUCUGGACACGAAAUCGGACCUGUUUGUGUGGAUCGGUCAGGACACGUCCUGCAAUGAGAAGAAGAAGGCUCUGGAGUUUGCUCAUAACUAUCUCAUGAAGACCGAUCAUCCUUUCAUCUCCGUGACCGCCAUCGCUGAACGUCAGAGAUCGGCUUCUUUCAACACCGCAAUCGCUGCCUAAUGUGAUAGGCCGACAUGUCGUGAACUUCCUGUCACAUGACUUGAUGUUGCACAUUAGCCACAUGACCAUAGACAUUCUUCCACAAGUGCUGUCUGUUUUGAUAUACACUGUCCAGACAGCAGUUCUUUCUUAUAGGACAAUAUACUUAAGAAAUACUGUGCAGUUGAUCCUGAAAGUGAGAGAUCAUUCGAAAAUAAUGAACAAAUUGCCAACAGAACGAAUUUAGCAUAAAUAAAUGCUUUCCUCUGAUUGGUUUAUGCCACUGGUUGUAUGUACAUACCAAGGUUUUGAUUCCUACAGUUAAGUAUUUGUAAUAUAAAUAUUUCAGUGAUAUUUGGCUAAGGGCUAAGACUGUUUUCAGGAUCUAUUACAUUAUGCAGUGUUAUGUAAUUUCUUGAAAGAAAUUCCAAAUUUAUAGUACAUUUAUUUACACCCACAAGUCCAGUAACAGAACAAGAGUUAUGUCCCUUGGCUGUAAUCAUCAGCCCUGGUUUAGCAGCUACAUACUUCUGCCAUUGAUGGUGGGACUGAAAUGGUGUCUGUUUUGCUUGCAUUAAUAUGACACACCUUGAAAUAUUUGAAACCAAAUAAACAGCCUUAUAAUCACUCAUAUGGUCAAAUUUCUGCACUGGCGUUCCUUAAGUAUAUUCAAGUGGAGUUUUUUAUUGUUUCCUUUUUCCCCACAACGUAGGAUUUCAGUUAUGUUGAUAUGUUUACCAAAAUCUUUUUUAUAUACUGAACAACAUUAGAAACGCACCACCAUAUAAUGCAUUUUGUAUUAUACCCUGUCAGACUGAAAUGUACCCAUGAUAUCUGAGCAUCGUCUGUACAUUGUAGUGUGGUGCAUUUCUAAUGGUGUUCAGUAUAUAUUGAUAUGUAGAAUCUACAGGUAUUUCUUUCCAUCUUUGUCUAUCAUUAUCAUGUUUUCGAGAUAGUAGAAUUAUCAUGUGAUCGGGUUUGUGUAUUGUGUUCCUAAGUAAACAAGAUGAGCAAUCAAUUUGUAAUUUCAACAAAGACUGAAAAGGUUGGAAAUGUCACAUAUCAUUGGAAAUCAAAAGUAAUUCAAUUUUAUAUCAGUCUUGAGAUCACUGGGAAGAAUAAUGGUAAAGGUGUUCACUUAACUUUCAGGGUGCAACAAGUUUUUUCAUUUGGUUAUUGAGCAGAAAGCUAAGUUAAGAAGCCCUAGUUUCAUAUGUAUUCAAAGCGCGAUAGUUGUCUUGUUAAAUAGGAUCAUCUUAAUGUGCAGAGAACUAAUACUAAAACUAGAUGUUUCACCAGUCACUACCAUAACACUUUGAUUCCCCAUAAGGAGAAAUCCUUCACUUUAUAGUUUUACAAUGAACCACAUGCUGAUUAGAAACAUAAAAUUCAAAUUAUUGUAAUGUAAGUAAUUUGUCGGAAGUUUGGCCUGGGUUAUUUGAAAUGAGCUGUCACUUGUCCAUGAACAAAACUUCCAGAGCCAAAGGGGUGGUGGGGUAGCCUAGUGGUUAAAGCGUUGGCUCGUCACGCGGAAGACCCGGGUUCGAUUCCCCACAUGGUCACAAUGUGUGUGAAGCCCAUUUCUGGUGUCCCCUGUCGUGGUAUUGCUGGAAUAUUGCUAAAAGCGGCGUAAAACUAAACUCAGUCAGUCAGUCAGUCAGUCCAGAGCCAAAAUAUAAAAUUGUCUGGCUACUGUAAGAACACAAGAAUUUGUGGCACCCACCAUGAUAUUUCCACACGACUGAUAAUAUCUGAAGUCACACUAGUCGCUGUUGAUGUUUUCCCUUUAGCUGACCACCAACCUUCCUUCAAGCACAGGGUACUGUUUGUCGAUAAGCAUUAAAACCAUUCCCUUCAUUUGGCCUAAACUGGCCAACAUUACGUAUGCCAUGACAGUAUUUUAUAUUAAUUUCCAAGAUAAACAUUUCCAACCCCUUUACCAUUUUAGGAAGGAAAAUUAAAGAAUAUUGAAGAAAUUGUAAUUUUGAAUCUAUUUGAUUUAAAUUAAUAACAUUGAAUUGUUAGCAUAUUUAAUUAACUGCUAGUGAGUGCAGAUUGUUGAACAUUUACUUGACACUUUUUCAGGUAAGCCAUUUUGUGCCUUCUUUUCCAAAUUGCACUUUUUUGCAAAAUGAUUAUUCAAGUUGUCUGUUAUUGGUUUAUUGUUAUGUUCAAUUUGAUUUGUUUGGUGUAUAUUCUGAAUAAAACAUUAUUCUAGUCCAACCAAGUAAGCUCAAAGUUUGCACCAUUCCAUGCUUCGGUAAAUACCAGUAAAAGAGUAAUAUGUAUGACAGCUUUACCAAACUAUUAGGAUGUUGCCCGCAUAGAAAUCUGAAUUAUUGAUGGUGUUUUGAAUAUGAAUUUUUUCAUUCUUUUGUAAUUGCGCAAGCUUUUGUGUCACAUGCAAUGCCAUACAUUGUUACAAUAGUGUCAAUCAAAAUGAAGACUUUAUCAAUAUUUAUUUCUGCCUCUUGCAGGCCAUACACAUCUGAGGGUAAACAGAAAUAAAUAUGGAAAUAUUGGAAAUUGAAAACCCAAACAAAGGAAUGCUAUAGACGUUAAGAAUGUGUUUUUUUGUUGGACUUUAAUGAAUAUUUAGUCCGGAGAUUGUAUUUGUGUGCUAUUGUAGACAUUUUGUUUGAAUAACAUUUCACCUUCAUUGGUACAAUAUUGUCUCAGAUUUUACAGAUUUGAUUUAUGUCUUGACAUUUACACUUGAUAGAAUAAAUGCCAAGAUGCCUUUCUGGUUUUUUAUUUAGAAAAUACAUGUUAUUGAAUCAGUUCGAAAUUGAACUGUAUGUUUGAAUUGCACAGUUUGCGUUCGUGCGGGAGAGGUGCUAGGCCAGGAGAAUAAGAGUUUGACCCUGAACAAAUUGCAACAGAAAUAAAUCCAACUGUUUGGUUCUCAGACAACAUCAGUGAAUGACAUACUAAAAGUCUUAGUAAAUCCAAGGGGAAUUAUUUUAAUUUGACAUCUCUUUGAAUCAAUAUGGUAAAAAAAUUGCUUUUAACCCUUAAGUAUUUUUUUGCUGUCAAAAUUAAAAAUAUCAUAUUUAUUCCAUGUUAAAGAUAAAAUUAUAGCAAAGUCAAUAAUUAUCCUAAAUUUUGAUAAUGUUCCCCACCUCGGAUUUCUUAAGACAUUUAGUAUGUGAUGUAUAAGGUAUGCCUGAAUUAGAAACAAAACAUUUAGUUUCUGUUGCAAUUUGUUUUGGGUUCCCCCUUUUGGGGAUCUACAUCUCCUGGCCUAUGCCUUCCUUGAGACAUGGGAUCAGGCCUUGAUUUGAUGGACAAAAACACAUGUACAGCUUGGGACUGAAACACAAAGGGUAUUUAUGGUAAAGUACAUGUUUGUACUGACAGAAACCCAGACACAGACUACAUUGUAUUUCCUGCAAAUAAAACUACUGGUAAAAUAUU